UUCUGGAGAUGAGGGCAUUAGGAAAGUAUGCAAUGUUCAAACUCCACCGGAGUGGGUCCGGUUGGGGUUGCUUGAAAAAAUCUACCUUUUAGGAUAGUUUGAUGUAGUGAUGAGAGUUUUAUCGAAAAAAUCUGAAUAUUUAGUUAAGUUUUGAAAUUGGAGAUUUACCAGGUUUAUCAUGUAGCUUGGUUGGUUCAAACAAUCAAAGCCUACCAGAGUAAUGGUAGAUUAGUUGGUUGGGCUACUAUUUGAAAGGAGACUGUGAGGACUAGAGUUCAUGGGAGCCAAAAGUUCAAAGAGGUCGGUUUCUGGUAGGUAUGCAUCAUAUGGAUCGACUGCAAAUUCGUGGGCUUCUCCACAUUCGCCAUAUCCACAAUCAUCAUACCCACAAUCGCCAUAUCCUCAAGCACCAGUGAGCCAACCAUAUGCUUCGCCUUCUAUCCAAGGCUAUUCUGAUCGACCUCCUGCAGUUAAGCGGAAGCUUGAGAGGAAAUACUCACGAAUAGAUGAUGAUUAUGUUAACUUAGAACAGGUUACUGAUGCUCUUGCACGUGCUGGUUUGGAGUCUUCAAAUUUGAUUGUUGGUGUUGAUUUUACGAAGAGCAAUGAGUGGACCGGUGCAAGGUCAUUUCAAAGACGAUGCUUGCAUCACAUUGGAAAUGACAUGAACCCCUACGAAGAAGCAAUAUCCAUCAUCGGAAGAACACUAGCAUCCUUUGAUGAGGAUAACUUGAUUCCUUGUUAUGGAUUUGGAGAUGCUUCUACUCAUGAUCAAGAAGUCUUCAGCUUUUACCCAGAUGACAAAUUUUGCGAUGGAUUUGAGGAUGUAUUGAGACGAUACAAAGAAUUAGUACCUCAAUUGCGUCUUGCAGGUCCGACGUCGUUUGCCCCUAUUAUUGAAAUGGCCAUUACCAUUGUUGAACAAAGUGGUGGCCAGUAUCAUGUCUUGUUGAUCAUUGCCGAUGGGCAGGUUACAAGAAGUGUUGAUACUGACCGUGGCCAGCUAAGUCAACAGGAAAGGAAAACAGUCGAGGCGAUUGUGAAAGCCAGUGAAUAUCCAUUGUCAAUAGUAUUAGUUGGGGUUGGAGAUGGACCAUGGGACAUGAUGAAGGAAUUUGACGACAAUAUCCCUGCUCGAGCUUUUGACAAUUUCCAGUUUGUAAACUUCACAGAAAUUAUGUCCAAGAACAUGAAUUUAUCUAGGAAGGAAGCAGAGUUUGCUCUUUCGGCCUUGAUGGAGAUACCUUCGCAAUAUAAGGCAACACUAGAGCUCAACAUAUUAGGUGCUCGGCGAGGAAAUGCUAUAGAUAGGGUUUCUCUUCCACCACCAUGUUAUGGUUCAGCAUCUUUAGGUGGACCAAAACAACCUUCACGAUCAACUAAUUUCCAACCAAUUGCACCUACUUUUGAGAAAAGAAAAAUAUCGGCUAACACAAGUUAUCAAGGGACAUCUACCUCCGAUAGCAAUCUUUGUCCCAUCUGCAUAACUGACAAAAAGGAUAUGGCCUUUGGCUGUGGGCAUCAGACAUGUUGUGGAUGCGGCACAGAUCUUCAACUGUGCCCCAUUUGCCGGAGUCACAUAGAGACCAGGAUCAAGCUUUAUUAAACGCGAUAGGUGUAUAGGCGCAACAUGUAUAUAUGUUUGGCUUCAUUUUGUCUAACGAUACUUUAUUGUUCAUUGACCGAAUAUUUAGCAAUCGGUUCACCUAGGUAUCUUUUGUAGUCCAAAAGAUUUGCAUAAUCCUAGGGGUAAACUUUUUUUGUGAUCUUGUAAAGUAGUUGUACAUAGAUUUAGGAUGGACCAAUUGCAUGAAAUUUCAUAAUUUUCCCCAGCUACAAAUACCAAACGCACUCAUGUUUCUAAA